CAUGGAUAAACAGUUAUAAUGAGUUAUUAUUGAUAGAAAGACUGAGUUUAGAACCAGAAACAGUUUAUCAGCAUGGAACAAAUGGAGUUGAGAAUGAAGGUACGAAGAUAUUAUUUUGACAGGGGUCCUCAUAUCAAUCAACAUAUGAUCCCUACUGCAUCACAAAAGGUGUUGCGAACAAAUAUAACUUUUCAGUGCAAUUCGUUCUCAGUCUGGUCAACUGCACGUUCCACAAACAGGCGAAGUCAAAAGAAGCUUUAGCCCUUGGSCAUUUAAUGCGUUGACUCCUCUGCGGGUUACAAAUACGAAACAGAGAAUCUACUUUCAAGUAUUCCAUUUGAAAUUAUUUGGAUAAUAAUCAGGUGGAGUGUUGUACUGCUUGUAACAGUAAGUCUAUUUAUGUUUCGUUCUGUGAGAACAACUGAUGUACAACAACAAAAUGCGAAGAAAAAGGUGGUCAAUCCAACGAAUACGCCAACAACACUGUCUGAUGUGGUAAACAUGUUGAUGAAUCUCGAAAAAAGAAUCAUCCAUCUUGAAUCAAAACGAGCAUCAAUAAUACGAGGUAGAGAUGGUCGUGACGGUCGUGAUGGUAGAGAUGGCGCAACCGGACCAAUGGGUCUACCAGGUUCUAAAGGAGAGACAGGACAUCAAGGUGUGAGAGGUCCACCAGGAUCCAAGAGUGGUGGAGUACAGUACGUACGAUGGGGAAGAACCAGCUGCCCUUACAAUGCUACUCUUCUUUACAAAGGUCGUAUUGGAGGUUCGCACUAUACUCAUAAAGGUGGAGGUGCCAAUUUCCUUUGUCUCCCUGAGACCCCCAAAUAUGGAAGGUACAAAGAUGGCCACCAGAACGCUGGAUACUUAUACGGUACCGAAUAUGAGCUUGGCGACUUUAAUCCAUUAACUACUUCAGGCCUUAACGAGAACGACGCUCCAUGUGUUGCGUGUUACAUUGCAACACGAAGUGCCAAGAUGAUGAUCCCCGCAACUUACGAGUGUCCCGUGGGAUGGACACGGGAGUACCAUGGAUAUCUGAUGACUGAUUAUUAUGGAUAUGCAAAAUCAGAAUUCAUAUGUGUUGAUGAGGAUGCAGAGGCUGUUCCUGGGUCAAAAGCUGAUAUUGACCAGGCCCUGUUGUAUCCCGUGGAAGGAAGGUGUGGUUCUCUACCUUGUCUUCCGUAUGUUGACGGACGAGAACUGACAUGCGCAGUGUGUACUAAGUAACUCCUCAUAAUUGCCUUUUUCAUUACAACAAACAAAAUCUAACAAAUAGCUAGCCUUGAUCAAGGUAAUGUAUAUCACUUUUUAAAGUGGCUGACUACUUUGAAAAAAAUAAACAGAAAAUUAAAACUUUCUUAACCUAAAAUUAAAUGCUGAUUCCAAAUAUGAAAAGAAAAAUGGGGUAUCCCCAAGCUCGCUCUCGAUAAAUUAUGCAUUAAAUGGAUGCCUACGUUCGAGUUUUUGGAGAAAAAAUUGCGCCACCGGAAGUGUUCAGAAAAUACUAUUACGAUUCAUAAGACAAUAGUUUUUUGCAGACUAGCGUAAAGACGGCUAGUGUAUCAUUCUACAAUGAUACGUGGAUAUGUUUGACAAAAAGACAAAUAAACACAUUGACUUGUCA